GACACUUUAAAAACCACGUCAUUUGAGUGAAAACCACGGCUAGCCGAGUUUAUGCCGUUUUGAAUGAUUUUUGUCAAACGACCAAAAGCGAAAGAUGGUUUUCAAGGUGUUUUUGUUGGAGAACCGUUUAAACAUGCCAAAGAGUGAAAACCAAUCAUAAAAAGUUGAAAACCACUUGGAUUCCAAUGCUUACUUUGGACGCCAUUAGGAUCGGAGUUGUUGCAUUGCCCUAUACGAGAUUCUGCAUUAAGAGAUGUUGCAUUGGCCCCUAUACGGGAUUCAUGCUAUUUUUUUAGUGGCGUGUGAAGAUUUUCUUCUUUUGCAUGAAAAGCUAGAAUUUACAACUCUAUAACGGUGUUGUAUUUGAUGAUAAGUUGACAUGGGAGGUUUUGUGCUAAAGCUGGUGAUUAUGAUGCAAGCAGCAUAUUUCAUGAUGUUUUAACAAAAUAGUUUGUUGCUUGGACUGAUUGCCGAAUAUGCAAGCAACAUAUCUCAAGAUGUAUAAGCUGUUCCAUAGCCAUGCUGGACAAGACAUCAUGUUGCAAGCCAUUUACGUACAUUAUGUGUAGAGCUAAACCCUAAAGCGUUGAGUGUUUGUCAAUGAUUGGGUACAAACAUGUAAUGCAUCAGUGGGCAGUGAAUAUGAUAGAGAUUGUCUUCCAUAUCUCGAUCCUCUGCUACACAAUCGGUUCAUCUUCCGUUUCUCCAUCUGGUCGGCGGCACAAUCGCCCUGCUUCUCUUGUGCUCUUGUGUCCUCUGGCGACGGUGGAAAGAAUUGAACUUGUGACACCCGAGUGUUCAAUGCCUCUAACUUCAGUGUUACUCAUAUUGAUCUGUCUUCAUUGCAUUCUUGAAUUUCCCCAGAUGACACGUCAACCGGGCCCCAGCUUCCACGUGGACGUCUUCUGGUCGGCCCACGAGCUCGGCUCAUCUGGCGAGCUCGGCUCGGCCCAUGUGCUCGGCUAGGGAAGGGACAGCGACCCGCGUGACAGCGACGGCGGAUAGCGACUGGCUUCGUUGACUAUGCGAUAGCGAUAGGAUGAAAAGGACAACUCAUGGCAGAGAUGACGUCCACUAGGCGACGCGCCUCGAUCAGAGGACUUUGACCGUUUGUAUUGUAUCUCCUAUAAAAGGGGCGAGACCCCUCAAUGUAAUGGAUCGAAGUUCGAAAUAAACAAACUCCUACUUU